AAUGAGUCAAGAAGAAGAGUCGUCCGGCUUUAUUUUUCUGGGAAAAGAUAUAUCGAAGAUUCCCUGCUUUAAGCAAGCAUUUACAUCUGGAAUAUUAGGUGGAAUAACCACAGGUUUUGGAUAUUUCUUUUACUCGAGUAACGUGAAGAAAUCCUGUAAUAUCGGAGUAGGCUCGUAUGCUCUAGUGACACUUGGCUUCUAUUCUUAUUGUCGAUAUAAAUUCACCAAAAAAUUACAAGAUGAAGCUCUUAUGAAAAAAGCUCUUCAAGCUAAAAUUUUGUCAGAAGGAACAAAUUUAGAAGCAGAAAUUAAGGAAAAGACUAAAGCAUAA